AUGAAUACCGAGCUCAGAAAGGCGGCAAAAACCGACUUUGAAAAAGACUUUUUCAAGCUAAUGAACAAUUCCGUUUUCGGCAAGACUAUGGAAAAUGUUCGCAACAGGCAAAAUGUCAUCUUGUGUAAAAAUAGCGAAAGUAGAAAAAUAGCCAAGCUCUUGGCGAAACCAAACUUUAACAGGCACGUCGCUAUCAACGAUGACCUCGUAGCCAUCCACAUGAACAAGACGCGGGUCGUGCUCAACAAACCCAUCUAUUGCGGUGCGGCCGUCUUGGAUCUGAGCAAGCUCAUAAUGUACGAGUUUUGGUACGACAAGCUCAAACCCUUUUACGGCGAUCGCGUCAAGCUCUUGUACACAGACACUGAUAGCCUGAUUCUCAAGAUCACCACCGAGGAUGUUUACGCCGACAUGCGAGAAAAUUUAGAUUGGUUCGACACGAGCAACUACGACGAGGGCAGUAUGUUGUACAGCGAGAAAAAUAAAAAAGUACCGGGAAAGAUGAAGGACGAAUUGGGUGGAAUCCCCAUGUCGGAAUUUGUUGCGCUCAAACCGAAAAUGUAUUCGUUCAGGACGCCAGAGCCGAGGCUGAAUGUCAAGCGGGCAAAGGGGGUCGCCAAAUACGUCGUAAGGGGUCAUCUAAGUCACGACGAUUACGUGCGGGUGUUGACGAGCAGAGAGGAUAUGUAUUGCGACAUGACCUCGAUUCGAAGCAGCAAGCAUUUGCUUUUCACGUUCAAGCAGACCAAAAAGUCGCUAUGCCCGUUAGACACCAAGAUGUAUAUACUCGAUGACGGAAUCACUUCCUACGCGUUUGGAAAUUGGAGGAUUGCACAUUCCCCGACAUGA